AUGGAGUCUGCUGAAGGCGAUGUAGUCAAUGGCGCGAAAUCAAAGUCCAGCACGACCCAAGGACAGAAACGACAGCGGCAGAGAGCCAAGCAGGCUUGUGAACCCUGCCGGCUGAGAAAGCGUAGAUGCGAUGGCAAUCAACCGUGUAAUAUGUGUUCGCAGUUUGAUUACAAGUGCUACUUCGAAAGACAUCCCCGGAAGCGUAGCAAGCUGGUCGAACAGCAUGCCCUGGCCGAUGAACAACAGCUCGAGGUUGAGAAUUCCGCUUUCAUCAAGUCGGAAAUCUCCCGGAACAGCCAGCCUAGCAUCGAGGACAUGACCAAGAUGCAAUCCAUGGAGGCCAACUCCGGUAUAGCAUUCACGCGCUUGCUGGGUCAGCGUCUGGACCCAUCCUCUGGACCGAAGCUCUUCACUUUCGGCUGGAAUCUAGGUAGCAAUUCGUACAUUCCGCCUUUGAUGCCGCCGAUUACAGACAUUCUCGACCAGGACCUCAUGACCUCUCUCGCAAACCUCUACUUUGCGAACGUUCACCCAAUCUACGGCUUCCUCGGCAAGCCGUGGGUCAUGGACAAUCUUGCCCUCCGAUUCACCAACCCUCAAGCGUGUGAGGUGCCCGAACAUAUCUUGUGCGGCGUGGCGGCUCUCGGCAUUUUAUUCUCGACACAAGAUCUCAGUGCGAUUCUCCCACAGCUGAUCGAUGUUCAAAAACAGUAUUUGGAGAGCACAAGUACGAUGCUACCGCCCUGUCUGAGCGAUGUACAGUCGUGGGUCUUGCGCUGUCUAAUACUUCGGGUGACCGAUCAUCCCCAUGCUACGUGGUUGGCAACCUGUACCACAAUGCACCUCGUCGAGUCUGUUGGACUGCAGCUGGAAGCUAGCAGUUCCGUUCUACAUCCUGCCACGAUUGAUGUCUCCAAUGAUCCAGAGCUACGGCGGCGGACGUUUUGGGUUGCCCGAAUGCUCAAUUCGUGGGUCAGUUUCGAAUACGGUCGAACGCGGGUGGCAUUACGCGGCAUCACCGUCAGCCUACCAGUUCCAGAAGGCCCGGAAGACCACACGGCGGAUUACAUCGACUUGUACAGUAUCUCAUGUGCUCUGGAUCCCGAACAAUCCGAUUCCAAACCAGGCCAGUGGGAGGAGGAUUAUCUAGAAAGGCUCGACGCAUACCAACCCAAACACGAUGGAAUCGCCUUGUCCAAAGCCAACCUUGGUCUCUGCGGCUAUCGUCGAUUGCGAAUGGCGAAUCCUAAUCUGUCCUCGCCGGUCAUCGACAGGAUCAUCAAGAUAGGUCUUGACGGUCUCGCUGCAGCAAGACGAAUGGCCGAGCAAGGUAUGCCGUGGUGGCAUGUCGCAAACGUACCAUUCCAGGUUGUUUGUGUGUUCCUCGCGAUGGAUGAGAGAAAAUCACUAUCGCACUUAUCUACGGCGAUGCGUACGCUGGAAUUUGUCGUCGAGCGUUUCCGAACAACCGCCAUGAAGGACGCCUUGAAGACUGCACGAUUUCUCAUUCGUCUGUCGAAGAAGCGAAAGGAUGAGGACUCAAACGUGCUGGCAACGACAUUACAGAAAGCCCCUGCGGAGUUUCAAUCGCGGCUACCGUCGGUGGAGAGGAAUUCUCCGCAUCCAGCACCAGUCUUGAAUGGUAGUGUCCUUAUCCCUGCUGAGGAGAACCCCAUGACUGCAUCGAGCAGUGAGGACUGGAAUCUUGAAGCACUCAAUGACUCCCAAUUCGACUGGACCUACUUCCUACAAAACGACGUACCUCUCUAUCACACUUUUGCUCCGGAUGGCACGAUGUGA